AUGUCACCAGGCUCUCCGGCCAUCGGCGUCUAUGUGGACACUGUGAACGUGGUGGGCGUUGGGGCUACGGAGGUGAACGCAAUCAUGGACUCUGUCGCCGACCGUUUUGAGCAGCUGGGCAUCCCCUUCGUGGUGACCGAUCGGGCGGGAUGUGCGGUUCGGAACACCCGGCUUCGUGCCUGGAGACUGUGGUUGGCUACCCGGGGCAUGGCAAAACGGCAGCGACUUUCAGGGGAGCUAGUGCGAGUUUGGCUGGGGCAUGUGAAUUUUUACUUUGCCAUCGCGCGGCCCUGCCUAUCAGUGCUGUCUUCGUGCUACCGAUUCGCUUCACAGAAUCUGGGCCGCAGGGCUGUGGUUUGGCCAAAUGUUCGUAAGGAACUUCGCGAAGUGAUGGGAUUAAUCUUCAUGGUGGAACACGACCUCCUCUCCGAGCGCUCCCCUCUGGUGCACCUUGGCGACUCCUCUAUGUUCGGCUUCUCUCUGAUGUCUACCGUGGCGACCGACGCGGAGAUCAAGAGGGAGUUGGAGGUGAAGGAGAAGUGGGGGUUCAUACAGGGGCGGAGUGUGGAUGUAAAGCCGAGCGAGGGUGGCCCACUCCAUCAGGACUUUGUGGGGCAUCAGGCCGUGACCACGGCGGCUACUCGGACCAAAUACGCCCAGAGCUUGGUUCACAAGUUGGAAGAAACAGGCGCCGCACGUUUGCGACAGCAGCAGUGUCAGCUGUUUGGUCCUCCAAAGUCGGUGGAGCCGACCUUGAUGGAGGCCAUACGGCAUCCUCCAGUUUCCAGUGGUUGGCAUACGCCCGCCGUGGAGACGAUCAGUUUGGCCGAGACGGCCGAGGCACCCAGGAGUUUUACGGAGAGGCUCAAAGAGCGCAGCGGCGUUCAGCUGACGACGUUUACGGCCAGAGUGGCGUGGAGAGACAACCGUUGGGCCAUCGAGGACAGGACCAAAGCAGCUGGGUCCUACUCAGCGGCUCUGACUCAGCAGUGGGCAUCCCUCCUAGAGGGUCUCUGUCCUACAACGGCGAAGUGCUCUUCAUUGGACUCCUUGGCCGAAGUGGAUGGCCAGCUCAAGCUCGCAGCGGAAAGGUCUCAAAGCUCCUCAGCUCCGGAGUUGUUUCUGGGCGGCACACAAAAGCGGAAGCCGCUUGUCUCCGUCGCCAAGGUUCAACCGGUGGCCAAAGGCAAGAAGCGAAAGCAAGUACCCAAAGUUGACCUGCAAGGGCGAGCUCUGGCUCCGUCGUUGCGCCUGAAGGCAGCCAAAGUUACUCAGAAAACCUUGGAUGCAUAUCACCUCCAGAUCGAGGCUUUCGAGAGCUGGGCGGCUUCCCGUCGAUUGAAAGUCACUAAGGCCAAUCUGGACCCGAGAGUGGUCAGCUGCAUGACCUGGGUUCAGGAGCAUGACGACGGUGAGCCAUGGAACGCUGCAUACCUGAUCUACGGAUUGCAGCUCCUCAGGUGCAAUGUUCCAAAGCCUGACUUCUUGCCGAACUCCAAACAGGGAAUGGGGCUGGUGAGGAUAGAGGAGCGAGAGAACCCCGGACGAUACGGGGAGUGGUUUGCAGGCACCCUCGUCGCAGUGUCCGGUGGGCACCUGCAAUGGUGGCUGGACACUGGUGAGGGCUCUUCGGAGCAAAGAUGGUUCUCCGUCCACGUCUGUGCCAAGUCCCCUGCCACCUGCAGGGGGUCAAAAGGGCACCCCGACAUGGAGUUCCACUUUCAAUCCCUGAGGAGCAUCCCCUUGUCGGAGCUCGGGCCAGCCACCAGCACCAGCUUGGAAGAUCCUAUCACCGAGGAACGGGGCGCGCCCCAGGAUUCAACUCCGGCUGCGGCCGAGACUCAGAGCCUGGGCCAGGAAGAAGAGUGGGAUGAUGAACUGUUGGAGGCCCUCGGGGUCAGCGAGGAUGAAGACACCCUGAGGGAUUCCUUGGAGCAUGCGGCCAAGUAUGCGGUGACGGGGUGGUGGAAUCUGACCCAUUUGCAGGCGGCGGUCCGACGUCUUCUUGGGACGAAGCCCACCUGGGAGCAGGUUCUUGAAUGGUUCAUGAGGGAGGGCAGGCGGUUCCCGACUCCUCUAGGCUCUUUCUUCCGCAGGAUGGAGGAGACCGAGGCAGCCCCCCCGGGCGCGGAGCCCACUAAGGAACCAGACCUGCUUCCGAUCCAUGUGGAUGCCACCUGCAACAUCGAGGUGGUGGAGAACUGCUCCCAAGUGGUGCUGGAAUACCCUGCACGCCCUCAACUUCCACUACUGCUGAGGGUGGAUCAGCCCUGUGUGCUGGCCACCGCCGGAAGAGGACCGGCUGUGGCCGAGAAGAUCCUCUCAAGCCGCUCUCGCGACUAUGAGGGCAACAUGGUAGAGCGAGUGGGCGAGAUCCAAGCGGAUCUGGUUAUCGGUGCCUGGCCCAAGGUUGGAGAGGCGGCCGUGGCCAGCGUCGUCGACUUCCUGAGUGGUGACGCCCUGAAGGCGGUGAUCUCGCCCCGGCCGCACUUCAAAAGAGGAAGUGACCAGCCGAGAACCUCCAAGAGAGGGAAGGUUCAUGCCUCCCAGGAGGAAUGGAACAAGGUCGUGGCUGCGGCAUUCCAGCGCAACAUGAUGGGGCCAGUGGACGAGAGCGCAGUGCCGCGAGACUCGCAAGGGCACCUGAUCACGAAUGGUGCUGGCGCGGUCGAGAAGAGGAAGCUGGUCGGCGGCAAAGAAGUUGCCAUGCAGAGGUUCAUCAGCAACUUCGUACCGAUCAACGAAUUCCUCGAGGCCCUGCCCGGGGAUCAGGACUUCCUCCCUUACGUGGCCCAGUUGGGCCUGCUGCUCUUGGAUGACAGCCAGACCCUGAUGAUAGAGUCGGAGGACCUCACCUCGGCCUUCAACUUAUUCCGUAUGCCUGACACAUGGCUCCCUUUUUUCUCUUACGCAAAGAAGGUGCCCGGGCAUAUCAUGGGGUCCUCUGAGGAGUGGGUCAGGCCGGGGCUGCGCGUCAUCCCUAUGGGGUGGAGCUCCGCUGUCACCAUCAUGCAGGCGGAUAUACCCGCUGAGGGCGGAGCCGUGCUGUACCUUGACUCCUUCGACCAGGUGCGGAUGGUAGACACCACACUGCGAGCAGUAGAAGAAGGAGGCAUUCAAGGAGGGGUGCUCGAUGGAGACAAGGGGGCAAUUUCGGUGGGAAGCGACAAAGCUGAGAAGCUGGUCCUGGCCACUUUAGGCCUCCUGGCAUCCGCCUCUUGGUCAGAAGCGGCCUUGAGAAGGUGGGUCGGGAUCGCAACCUUUGUGGCCGCUUUUCGGCGACCACUUUUUGCGGUUUUCCAAGAGAUCUUCCCACUGAUCGAAAGGGCCAAAGAAGGGGCGGUGGAUCCCGAUCGACCUUUGUGCUCCUGCUCCCCUUGGCCUCCACAUCUCUGCGGGCUAGAGUGUCUGGUGAGAUCUCCUGCUCCCAUGCGUCACUGUGGGGCGGGGGAGCCGCUGUGGCCCAGACCGCCCGGAGGCCCACAGUUGCGCCUGUGGAAGAGGACGAGGCUGGAGUCUGUGCCCGCUGCGGCGGAGAAGUCGUUCUGCUCCAUUUGGUGCAUCGAGGAGCAUAGAGAACACAGGUGCUCCCGCAGGAACUACCUGUGCCCCACCUUCGCGGAGUUCUUCCCUGAGCCGGGCCAGCCCCUUACGGAGGCCAUGGCCUUGAACAAGGUGGCCGUGCUCACCGCCUUUGGCCCCAAUAUCAACGACAAGGAUGAUUUUUGGGGUCAAGCGGGGAAGGAGAAGCUAGAAAGAAUGGAGGCGGACCCACUGGUUGCGGCCAAGUUUUGGAGUCCGCCCUUCAACACCUUUGGGCUCGGCAGAGGAGAACAAGUGCGGCUACAGAAUGGCCGAUGGGUCGAUGCCCCUCCAGCCCUCCGGGCAGGAGGACAUCUCACUGGCUUGGCCGGGCUCUCUAACACAGCCGCCUUUGAGGUGCGGAGGGCGAACACCCUCGCCCUGAGGGCUCUGAAGUCUUUGUCCCGGGCCGUGGAAGAAAACUUCCUCUGUUACGUGUGCCAGGCUUGGGAUUCCUACCUCUGGUACUUCCCAGAAGCAGAGGAGCUGAGAGAGACGAAGGGAUCUUCUCCACGUCGUUUCCUCUGUGCUGCUUUGGUGGGCCCAAACGAUCACGAGGAAGAGCCCAAGGCCUGGUAUGACAGCACCGGUCGAAUCCAGUUCGCUUGCUGUGAGGAACUUCGCCUCCCUGGAAAUCUGUGUGAUACCCUGGCGUUGGCGAUCAAGAAGGAUCUGGCUGAGAUCUGCCCCCUCAUUCCGGGAAAGCUCACAGAUCGCACCAUGGACUGGCAGCUGAUGGCACAGUUGCGAGGUGCUUCCUCUAGCCUCAGGUCACCCGCCGCGGCGGAGGCUGCUGCUGAGGUUAUAGCGCCUAUCGCUCGGGAGAUCCUCGAAGACCCCAUCGAGCAUCUGCGAAGGAUGCUCAGCCGAGGGCACUACAGAGGUACAGAGGUGCGGCUCAUGGCGCCUAAUGAGCCUGACAACCUCAAGAUGGUGCCCUACCCGGCACACCUCUGGCGAUGGCGCAACACGUUGUCCUUCGCCUGGCAUAACGAGGACAACAUUACUACGCUAGAGAUGUUAGCAGCUCUGGCUGAGAUCCGGCGCCGCGCGCGGCAGUUGAAUACACAAGGGACAAGGUUCUUUCACAUCCUUGACUCCCAAGUGGUGUAUCACGUUAUGGCAAAAGGCGCUAGCGCUUUGGACCAUUUCGGCAUGGAACUUUGCCGAUACUGCGUCCAGGAGGAACUGCAGCUACCCAACACGGUGAAAGACCUUGACUUUGCCCUGGGGGAAUUCAUGAAUGAAUCCUUCCAAGAAGGUGACUCGCCUGGGUAUGCAGGGGAGCAGCCCUCUCAGCUGGUCAAAAACGACUAG